AAGAGAAGUGGAGUUGGGAGGGAGCGAUGUUGCGAAAGUCACCUAAAAAUUGGGGCGGGGAAAGGAGGCUACAGUUAAGAAGACGAGCAGGCUGCGGAAGUUACAGCGGAAAGGUUGGGAGGUCCGGUGGGUGCCCUAUCCCAGAGGAAAGGAAGAAGUGCCACCGCAGGAGUUUUCCCUUCUCUGUUUCUAGAAGGUGCUAUCCAAAAACAUGGAACUAAUUUAUCCAGCAGGGAUUAUAAUCCUUGGUUGCGUUGCUCUUUUAUUAUUCCUUCAGUGGAAGAAUUUGAGUAGACCCCCAUGCAUAAGGGGCUGGAUUCCUUGGUUUGGAGCUGGAUUUGAGAUUGGGAAAGCCCCUCUAGAAUUUAUAGAAAAAGCAAGAAUCAAGUAUGGACCAAUUUUUACAGUCUUUGCUGUGGGCAAGCGAAUGACCUUUGUUACUGAAGAAGAGGGGAUUAAUGUGUUUCUAAAAUCCAAAGAAGUAAAUUUUAAAUUAGCAGUGCAAAGUCCCAUCUAUCAUACAGCAUCAAUUCCAAAUAAUGUCUUCUUUACAAUGCAUGAAAAACUUCAUACCAUGAUGAAAGGGAAAUUAGGGACUAGCAACGUGUAUCGACUCACUGGACAACUGACUGAAGAACUUCAUGAACAGCUGGAGAAUUUAGGCCUUCACGGGACAAUGGACCUGAGCAACUUAGUCAGGCAUCUCCUUUACCCAGUCACAGUGAAUGUGCUCUUUAAAAAAGGUUUGUUUCCCACAAACGCAAAGAAAAUCAGUGAGUUCCGUCAGCAUUUUCAAGUUUAUGAUGAAGGCUUUGAGCAUGGGUCCCAGAUGCCAGAAUGUCUCCUAAGAAACUGGUCAAAAUCCAAAACAUGGCUUCUAGCACUUCUUGAGAAAAACAUGCCAGAUAUAAAAGCAUACAAAUCUGCAAAAGAUCAUUCCAUGACAGUCGUACAGGCUAUGAUGAACAUCAUAGAGAUGGAAAAAAAUGAACAAAACCAACCCAAUUAUGGACUCUUACUACUUUGGGCUGCUCUGUCCAAUGCUGUCCCUGUUACGUUUUGGACAAUUGCAUUUGUCCUCUCUCAUCCCAAUAUCUACAGGACCAUUAUGGAAGACAUAUCUUCUGUGUUUGGUGCAGCAGGUAAAGAUAAGAUUAAAGUGUCUGAGGAUGACUUGAAAAAACUCCUUCUGAUUAAAUGGUGUGUUUUGGAAUCCAUUCGUUUAAGAGCCCCUGGUAUCAUUGCUAGAAAAGUGGUGAAGCCGGUUAAAAUUCUGAAUUACACUGUUCCUUCUGGUGACUUGUUGGUGUUGUCUCCAUUUUGGCUACAUAGAAACGCAAAGCAUUUUCCUGAACCUGAAUCGUUCAAACCUGAACGUUGGAAAAAGGCAGAUUUAGAGAAGCAUGCUUUCUUGGACUACUUCAUGGCAUUUGGAAGAGGGAGGUACCAGUGUCCUGGAAGAAACUGUUUUUGAACAUCUCACCUGUGCCAGGCCCUCUGCUAAGCAUCAGAGAUCGAGCACUGAGGACGAUGGACAUGGUCCCGUACUUCAUAAAACUUACCGUCUACAUUAAAUAAGUCGCAUUUCUUCACUGCUGAUGAUUCUGUAGGAGAAAUGUUCGUACCUGUUUGUAACAAAAUCUCACUCAGUGAAUGUCCAAGUCAUUUAAAAAUCUUAUUUUGGAAAAAUUGUAGCUUCUUAACUGAAGAAGUCGAUCGUCUUCAUUGUUUGAACAGUAAUACCAAUCCAUCUUUGCAAUUAUGACUUACUCCACAGCAUCCAUUCUGCCCCUCCUUUGUUUUAUGUUUUGUAUUAUCAGUAUGCUUUUAGUAAUUUUCACCUCCCCCAAAAUGGUUUUAAUUAGUCUUAGCCAACCAUGGGAAGUCUAUCUUCCUUUUUAGAAUUUAUUCUAGGAGUCUGAAGGUAAGCAUAUUAGUGCCUAUAAUUUCCCUGGAGACAACUGUUUGUCCAGGGGUAGGUAGUUGACCUAAACUGACCAAUCAGACUGAAAGGACUUUUCUUCCACGGUUAGGAGAGAGGCUCAUUCUGUCCUCUCCCACUGAAUAUGGACAAGAAAGCAGGUGGCCCCAGUUGUUACUCACAGCGAGUUCAAGCAGCAGAAGCCUUAUGAUGGUGCAGAGUUUGUGGACAGCAGAGCAGAGAUAUGGAAAGAACCUGGGCCAUGUGAUGUCAUUGUGUCAGUGAAUCAUUGGUUUUGAGGAACUCUUCUACAUCCUGUUAUGUUAGAUUUUAAGUGUCAUUAUUUUUUAAGACAGUUUGAGUUGGACAUUCCAUUGUUUAGAGCUGAAGGCAUGCUGCCAUACCCACCAAAAAACUCCAAAGUUAAACAUUGUAAUUGAGUGUCAGAUACUUUAGGGGCAUAGGACAACAAACAAAAACAAUAAUAACAACAAAAACCCAUCAUGCUCAUCCUGUCUCACAUAUUACUUUGACUUCAGGGAACCAGUUCGUAAACCAGUAACACAUUUAUUAUUUUUGUCUCCUAUGAAAGUAUCAAUGUUCUAAAAGCAGCUCUUCUAAAAACAAUAGAUGUUCCUUUUUUCAGGUCCCUUUACAUAUGUUCCCAAUAGCAGCUAAAGAGUUUAUUAUAACCAUUUUUGAGCUAAGAGUAUUUUAAACCAAGAACUGAAAUACUUUGCAGUGAAGCAUGUAGUAUGGGCCAAUGGUCAAGGGUUAACUAAUGACUGUUGUUUCUAGGAGGGGCUGUUAUGACAUUACUGUAUCUUUUGAUGCUGAUAGACAUUUGCUUGAGUUUGACAGUAAAGUUUACAAUAGAAGGGAACCAAGACAUUUCAACUCCAUCAAUAGCAUCUUAUUUAUACAGAAACUGUACAUUUUUGAAUGGACUGGGCUCUUACUAUAUGGAAGGCAGUGUCCUGGGGACUGCAGGAGCUUCGGGUUAGAGUAAGACAUGUUCUCAGCCCUCAGGAGAUGAUAUCUAGGAGAAGGCAAGGAGGAUAACAAGUUCAUAAAUAAAGGCAAGGAAUGCAGGAUGAGAGAUGCCUGAGCACCACACUGUGGAGAUUUAAGAGAGAGGGUUCGUCUGGUGAGGGUGAUCUUAGAUUUCCUGGGCAAAGUGGCCUUUGAAGGGCUGAAUGAACUUCCAGACUGAGGAAAUAGAGUGAGCAAGAGGUCGUUAAGUACAGGAGUAUGUAGGUUAGGGGGUCAUGGUUUUCCUGCUAUUGGAACCAGAUUACAGGUAGUGGUGGGAAGUAAGACUGAAAAGGUACAUUAGCCCAAUUGGGAAGGCCCCUUAAUACCUGUUUUUGGAGUUGGCUCACAGCUCCCAAGGCACUAAGUGUUAAAAGGUGUAGGGUAGAGUGGAUUCGAGUGGGGCAUAAUUUAGGUUAUAUGGUCAUGCUAAUAUUCCAUGUGAGACAUAUGGAGUAGUAAAAUCUACCAGAUAUGGAAAAUAAUUAGAGGGAGGAUUUGAGGAAGACUGUGGCUUUGAAUCUAGGUAACUGGAAGAGAUGGAGGCAAUAGAGAAAUCAGGAGUGGGACCAAGUUUGGGGACAAGAUGUUGCUUUCCUUUGAAAACUUUUGAAUUUGAAGUGUAGCAAAAUGUGUUCAUAUAACCAAAAUCCAUAAGUUAAACAUGAAUGUCGAAUAAAUAUGACUUAAUAAACAUAAA